ACUCUUUAAUGAGAACUCAAAGCAGGAAGUUUCAGAACUCUGUGAGACUGAAUCUGAGACAGUCAUGAAAAAAUAAAUGAAAAGAGAGGGAGAGACGUGGGAGAAAAUGGGUGAGACAUCUUCUGAGUCAGUCCAGUGACGUGCUUUAGUGAAAUCUCCAUAUACUUCACAUCAUUUUGACAGAGUGCUGAGCUGAACAACACUUGGAUGUACACUCUUUUAAAAUGGAUUACCUAGCAUGGAUUUCUUAACACAGGACGAGGAGGAUGAAGAUAACACACCUGCUAGACAAGGUUUUCGUGUUGUUCCUGGAUAAGGUUAUGUGUGGGAAAAAUGCAGUAGAACUCUGAGGCAGAAUGAUUCUCUCUGGAAGGUCCAUCUGGUGGGUUUUGUUGACUUUAUGCCUGUCAUCUUGGAGUUUGGAGAUUUCUCAGCAUGACAACACUGAAGUGAACUGCUUACAGGGCCUUUCUGAAUGCACCGUGCAAGAUGUUAUUCCUAUUACAAGUGACACUGUGGAUGUUAGGAAGAUAAAUGCUGAUUUCAGGCUGAACUGUAAGGACAGAAAAAUGUGCACAUUAUGUCUAGUGAUAGACAUAGAACUCUACAUACCCCUUGAUGAAGAAGAAAGCCACUCUGGGGCUGAUGAAGAGGAUUUCACUGAGGAGAUAAGAAAUGUAAAAGUGUGUUACAAAACAGCAGUCACCGUGCAAACAUGCAAGAAGGUGGAGUUUACUGUAAACCGUACAGCUCUUAAUCACCAAAACCAGGCCAAGGUGUCCUUGAUGAUCACUCCCCCAGAUGGGUUUCCCUACAGCUGUAGAAUGUAUGUUUACCCCCCUAAAAACAUAAGCCUAAAGCAAGAGGUUGAUGCACCUUCUCUAGAAGACGUGUGUUCCCGGGAGCUUAUGCAUGGACAUGCAAUGUGUCAGGUACCUGCAGUCAGAAGUGUAAUAAAUCAAACAAGCAGGGAGAUGGAGCUGCUGUUCGGGGGAAGGAAUAAGAACCCCGUCUCUUUGUGUAUCCAGUAUGAGAAGAAUGGAACCUGCCAGAGUUGGAACCGAAUGACAAUCCCACUGGAUUCUGUGGCCCCCUGCAUGUGUUUCCAGGCAUGGGAUGACCAAAGCCAUAGUCGCAUUCAAUACUGCCCCUUCCAAAAAACAGAAUUUCCACGUGACUUGCAACAAAACAUGUGGAAAAACGUGUCCGUUCAUGUGAGUCUGAGCAAAAUGAACGACAAAAGCACAAUGCUGUCAUGGAACGUGUCCGCCCCCUGCAGGCUGGAGGGUGAAGUUUGGCUCUGCUACAAAACCAACUGCAAGAGGGAAAAUGACUUCAGACAGCAGCUGACCCGUGGUGUAUGGAGACAAAACAGCAAGGGAUUCUGGGAGAAAAAAGGUGAAUUCCAAAACAUUGAUGGACAAUUUUCACAGUGCAUAAUGGUCAAAGUAAAAGGAAUGGAACAUGAGUUUGGUCCAAUAUGUACUGACGACACUGGUAGAUGGCGCUGGAGUCUCCUGGUUGUUGGUGUAAUACUGCUUAUUUGCUUGACAUCGCUCGUGUUUUAUUUCCAUCAUGACUGUGUCAAGAAAUGGGCAUGGAGCUGGCACCUUGGAGGAUUUGUAAAGGUUGGCAGAAAAGGCCAUGUGGUGCUGCUGAGCCCCCCAGAUGUGGAUGAUAGUGUGUCAGAGUCAGUGUGUAAGCUCGGGUUCUUCCUCCACCGCAAGGGCUUCAGUGUGACUGUGGACCAGUGGUGCAGGAAGGAACAAUGCGCUCUGGGGCCUCUGCCAUGGCUGCACUCAAAGUUGCUGAAGCUCAACAGUACGGAUGUUCGUGUUUUGCUCGUUUUGACCCCCAAAGCGUUGGACAAAACAGCAAACUGGACCCACAUGCACAGAAAUGAAGGAGAAGACUCCCAGCUGUUAAAGUCUCCUUACUCUGACCUGUUUACUGCCUCCUUGUUCCUCAUGGAAACAAACAAGCAGCUGGGCAAACGUUUUGUUCUGGUUAGAUUUGACUCCCAAACAAAGCAGUGUCACAGCAGCAACAAUAGUUUACCACCGUUGUUUCAUGGACUGCCUCUCUUCCACCUCCCCUCUCAGACUCAAUCGCUUCUCACUGAGCUGACUGUCAUAAAGACGGAGAGGAUAACAGGUGGACAGGACUGGACAGGAUGGACGGGGGGUACUUGAAGUGGUUAGAGGAUAAAGACAAUUUUAACACCAUCAUGUAUGGUGAAUGUUUUUGUGGAAACAUGUUAAUGAAACUUUGAAUUACCCAGAAAUAUUCAUUAUCAUUAGCUGUACCACUUUAUCCAAUGCUGGGUAAGCUGGAGCCUAUCCCAGCAUUUUUAGCAUUCACAUACUUUACCCAGAAAUAUUACAGUAAAUGGUCCUUUUGUACUGUAGACAUGAAGGACGUGUUCAUCUGAGUUAGAUGUGAUGAAGAAUGAAGAAAAGACAUUUUUUUAUGAAGAAUUAAGACUCUAGAAAUGACCAAACAACAUCUUAAUGGUGGAAAAAUACAUUUAAAAAGUUAUUUAUCUAUAAUGCAUUUGUGUUGCUCUAAAUGCUCACCCUUUCUGCUUAGGCAAAAUCAUUUUCCAAGGCAGUCUGGUUGUGCAAUUUUUAUAUACUUUACAUACAAUACUAAACAUGCUGUAAACUAAAGGAGCAAGAGAGGGUGGAGUGAUUGUGUAUGAGGCAGAAUAUUAAAAAAUGUUAAGAAGUAACAGAAUCAUUUAUACGUCUGUGGCUCAUAUGAGCUAUUUAAAAAAAUAUUGCUCUGGUUAAAUUAAUCAGUUUGUUGGUUUGUUUCAGUAGUUUUCUUGGGAUUUUUUGUCCUCCUCAAAGAAUAUGAGUCUUAUUUUUAAAGCAGUGAAAAAUUAUACUUUAUAUCCUGCAGACAUAUUAUACCUAUUUGCUCUAUGUGUCUUCACAGCCGUCUAUAAAUAAACGUGCAUGUACAUGAAACUUGU